UUUGAGCUGCGUGGUCGCAGCACGAACAUCUGGAAACAUGACAUCACGGCGCCGCGUACUGGCAGUCUGCUUAUUCUUUGUCUCAGUCAUUGGGACAGGGGAGUCUAUGGGAGCCACUCCUUCUAAAAAAUACACCUGCAAGACCUUUGGCAGUGGAGUUUUCCAGAACUUCAAUGGCAGCGCUUACUACAUGCGUUCCUCCUGCCGCUACUACCUGACCCACUUCACUCACGACAACUUUGAAUGCAGCAUCAUCGUACAGCGGGACAAAGAUUCUUUGUUAAUGUCUCGGGUUGAGAUUAUAAUCAACGGACUUAUAACAGUUCUGGAGGCCAAGAGCAUCACGGUGAAAUCUGAAAGUGUUUCUCUGCCUUAUGACCAAACGUAUCUGAAAAUAUUCGAUUACGGUGUCUACAAAAGAUUGACGAGCUCGUUGAUUCCUCUCACUGUCACUUGGAACAACGUUACUGGAGGAAUUGAAACUCUUUGGGUGGAGAUAGAGCAAGAACUUAAACCUGACACAACAGGACUCUGCAGCAAUAAUGGAAGCCAAGUGGAGAAGCUUCGUGUUUCUCCUGGUGAUUUUUGUGAGACUCCAGAUGUUUCUCCAGACUAUAAUGAAGUGCUGGAGUGUGGUACAUUUAUAUCACCAGCUAUUGGAUGCCUUGGAAAUAAAAAGAAGAUAUAUCAAAAUAUCUGUCCAAAGAACAACCACAAAGCAAGCAAGGAGGUCAAAUGCAGCUUUUUUAACGAAAUCGCAAAAUCUCUGUGUAGAAAAGACGAUAAUUUCUGGACCUGGUGGAUUGAAUCCAAACUGUGUGAAGAACCUACCUGUCCCGGGGAACUGAAAUUUAACGAAACGGGUUCUCCUUUUGCACCAAGCUGUUCCAAUCCAAACCCGUCCUCCAGUGAGACGGUCCAAACCUGCGUCUGUACAGACGGAAAAGUGCGUAAUGAUCGUGUAAAUGCAUCACAAUGCGUGAGGAGCUCCGACUGCCCGUGUGUGUUUGCUGGGAAGAUUUACCAACCUGGGACUAGCCGAAACACGAGGUGUCAGUCUUGCUCUUGUAACGGUGGGAAUUGGGUAUGCUCAGCAAACAUCUGCCCUCCAAAGUGCACCGUUGAAGGACAGUUUGUUGAGACAUUUGAUGGAAAGCCCUACACACUGCCUAGAAAAUGCAGAUAUGUAGUCUCAAAGGGCUCCAACUGGACAAUAAAAGCCGACUUUUCAGCUUCAGAAAUAGAAGUGACCAAAGUUGUAAUAGAACUUUUCGAGGAAACAUAUACAUUUGAAGACAACAAAGUUAAAUUGAAGGAAAAGGAGAUUACAGAGUUCCAUAAAUCUGAUCAAGCUCUGGUUUUCUGGCAGUCCUCGAUGUUUGUUCUUGUCCAAACAUCUUUUGAUAUGAAGAUUCAGGUUCAGAUGUCUCCUAUUAUGCAGCUAUACAUCACUUUGCCUGGAAACAACAUUGAAACUCUGUCAGGUCUUUGCGGCAACGGCAACAACGACACAACAGACGAUUUCACUUCGAGCAACAACAUUAGAGAGAGCUCAUCUGGGCCUUUUGCUUUGUCUUGGGCUUAUGGUCUAACGGGAGGUUCUCAGUGCACCACAGAGGACAUACCUACUGUCUGUGUGAACUCUGCUGCUGAAAUAUUUGCAGCUGACAGAUGUGCUGCAUUAAUUAAUAAUAAAGUAUUUGCUGAAUGCCAUAGCUACAUCUCACCUGAAGCGUAUCAAGCAGAUUGCAUAAAAACAACCUGUACAUGCGGCAGCAACAAGGAGGAUUGUGUGUGCACGGCUCUGGGAAACUACGCUAAAGCCUGCACUGGUCUGGGUAUUAAACUUGGAGAUUGGAGGUCAUCGACCAACUGCACCAUCAGCUGUCAGACGAACCAAGUGUUCUCGUACAACAACGUGAUCUGCAACAGUACCUGCAGCUCCCUGUCUGGCAAUGACCCCCGCUGUGAAGUCAAGGACGAUCCAGUGGAGGGAUGCGGCUGUCCAGAGGGGACACACCUGGGUGACACAAACGUCUGCAUCUCAAAAGCUGAAUGUCCGUGUCAUUACCUUGGCGGUACAACUCCACCAGGACAAAAAGUUAUUGACGGUCUGCUAUGCAAUUGUGAAAAUGGUGAAUUGGAGUGCAGCAAAGAUUGUGGAUGCACUAAGGGGAAAGUCUGCUAUCACUGCUCACAAGGAUGGAUGAGCACCGCUCAGAAAACAUGUGAAAGUCUCCUCAAGGCAGUUGAUUCAAGUUAUACAUGUGUGAGUGGCUGUUACUGCCCACUCCACCUUUAUGAGGAUCACCAUAAAAACUGUGUUUCCAGAGACAAGUGUACAUGCAGACACGAGGACAAAGUGUUUGGGGCUGGAGAGAAACUCCAGACCGCACGGCAAACAUGUGUCUGCAUUGAAGGGGUCUGGAACUGCACCGACAACCCCCAACCUGGAAGAUGUCAAGUUUACGGCAAUGGACAUUUCCAGACAUUUGAUUUGAAAUGGUACAGCUUUGAUGGACACUGUCAGUACACACUUGUUGAGGAUGAAGACAAGACUUUCUCUAUCAGAGUGGAAACUGUACCUUGCUGUGAAAAAGAACUCACCUGCUCUCGUUCCAUCAUUAUGGACCUCAAGGGCGGAGUCACCCUGACGUUAAGAGACAUGAACAUAACCAAAGAGUACAAAUAUGGCUGGAGUCCAGACAAAAAUUCCCUAGUGACUAUCCACAGUGUGGGAAUGUAUUUCAUCAUUUUAGUGCCAAGUCAAGGUAUCACCUUGAUUUGGGACAAACACACAAGGAUCAAUAUUGAACUAGACAGAAAGUGGAAGAACAAAGUCCGUGGUCUUUGUGGGAACUUUGAUUCCAAUGAGAACAAUGAUCUACAGAUAAAAGGUUCAGUAGAGAUAAGCAGUGCUCUGACCUUUGGUAACAGUUGGAAGAUUUCCACUCCUCCUUGUUCAGAUGUGACCAAUGAGGUAUUUCCAUGUGUUCACAACAGCUACUGUAAAAACUGGGCUGAGCGGCGCUGUUUGAUCAUUACUGGAGACAAGUUUCAGAGCUGUCACUCAAAGGUUGACCCUAAGGCCUACUAUGAGGCCUGUGUGAUGGAGUCCUGCUCUUGUGAGUUUGAAGGGAAGUUCUUGGGCUUCUGCACUGCUGUGUCAGCAUAUGCAGAAGCCUGCAGUGACCAGAAUGUCUGCAUAAACUGGAGAACACCUGAUUUGUGUCCGGUCUUCUGUGAUUAUUACAAUAAACCGGGUGAGUGUAGCUGGCACUAUGAACCCUGCGGUACAACGCUGACUUGUGGCAAGGACAGCAGUUUCACAAACAAGCUGGAAGGUUGCUACCCAAGAUGUCCAGAGGAAACGCCAUACUAUGAUGAAAAUACAAGCAAAUGCACUGAACUUAGGAACUGCAGCUGUUAUUUCAAUGACACUAUUGUUCCACCUGGACCAAUAACUAUAGAUUGCAACUGUGUACAUGGAAACAUUAACUGUUGUAAGUAUUCAAUUAUUUCAAAAUUCUCUCUUUAAAUUGUAUGAAAAACAUGAAAAUUUUUACUGUCCACAGCACAUCCACCUCCAACAACUACACCUCCAACAACUACAACUACAUCCACUACUACUACAACGACCACUACCUUG